UACACUAACCCUGACACUGCCCAAAGAAAGGAGAGAAAGAAUAGUUCUCAAGAUCCUAGAGAAAGCAGAGGAAGAGAGAGUCAUGCUCAGUGUCCUGCAUGGACAUUUUCCAGUGUGUGUUUUGAGGACAUAAAGUUUGGAGUAAGAGAAGUCCGUCCCUGGAAGCAGAGGGUCCCAUCCCUGGGAGAAGAGUGUCAGUGGACAGCUGAGAUCCUUGCAUUGAUCCUUUUCUGUAGCUUGGUCUAGUGUGACCUGUGUAACCUACUGUCAGCAGUCUCACACCUUUCCUGAAAAGAUCUGCUGCCUGGUUCUGGGCAAGGCUAAUGAGCUGUAGCUUCAUGGCAGUUUGGACUGUACACUCCUAGGACUGUGGGAUAACCUCUAGGACAGAGCCAUGGAAGUUGUGGAUGAGACAGAGGCUUUACAACGCUUCUUUGAAGGACAUGAUAUCAAUGGCGCUCUGGAACCAUCAAUUGACACCAGUAUCCUAGAGGAAUACAUCAGUAAAGAGGAUUCUUCAGAAAUCUGUUUCCCGGACAUCCCCCCUUCCUCCAGCUAUGCAAACCCUGGUCAACCUUGUACCUCCACUGGAAUCCACGGACCUGGGGUCAUCUCAAAUUUAGGCCAUGGUGGACCAGCCAACUCAGGUGGGGUCUUCCACAUGGGUCAGCAAAUGCCAGUGCGGCCUGGUAUGAGUGGCUCAUGUGGGGGGCCUCCGUUCCAAUCACACCUCAACUGCAAUAACAACAAUGCCAUGGUCAAUCCCAAAGGAUACCAGGGACCUCCAAUGUGCAUGAGCGGACCUGAGCUUCCUAUCAAAGCAGAACCUAAAACCAGCUAUGCAGCCGGCACUUUACCUGACUCUCCCCCGGACUCCGGAUCAGAGGCGUACUCCCCCCAGCAGCUGAAUGAUCCUCACCUGCUUCGCACUAUGACCCCAGAAAAUAUUUGUCACAUGACCCCACCUUCUCGCCUGGAGCACCCACCACCGUCUCACCUUCAAGGCCCACCUCCGCCACAUCCUGCACACCAGCAGCACUACCCUAACAUGCAACGGGAUUUGUACCUGAAAGUGGAGUCCUUGAUGCCCCCGUACCCGCCACUUGGACCUGGUAUUCCUCCCACAGUCCUCCACCACGCACAGCAAUCUCAGAUGCUUCACCAGCUUCUCCAGCAGCAACAUGGAUCAGAGCUCCCCGCGCACCCUGCAAAGAAGAGGAAACACUCAGAUUCUCCUAAUCUGAGGGAUCAAGUACCCAGUGGAGGCAUGGUGAAACAGGAGCCGGGUCUUAUGCAAGAUAAUGACAGUCUGAAUGGCUCCUACCUGGACCCGAAUUAUCAGUCUAUAAAAUGGCAGCCGCACCUACAGAAUAAGUGGGUCACCUUGUAUGACAGCAACUACAAGGAACUCCCAAUGCCUACUUACAAGGUCGACGCAGACAAAGGAUUUAACUUCUCAGUGGGAGAUGAUGCUUUUGUGUGCCAGAAGAAGAACCAUUUUCAAGUGACGGUCUACAUCGGCAUGAUCGGAGAGCCUAAAUAUGUCAAAACCCCCGAGGGCAUCCUACCUAUUGAGUGUUUCUACUUAAAACUAAAUGGUGUGAAGCUGGAGGCCAUCAAUCAAAGCAUCAGUAUUGAGCAGUCACAGUCCGAUCGCAGCAAGCGCCCCUUUCAUCCAGUGACGAUGUCUCUUCCACCAGAACAGGUCACUAAAGUCACAGUUGGGAGGCUCCAUUUUAGUGAAACUACAGCAAACAACAUGAGAAAGAAAGGAAAACCCAAUCCAGAUCAGAGGUAUUUUCUCCUAGUGGUGGCGCUCCAAGUUCAGGCACAGAAUCAGACAUACCUUGUUGCAGCGCAGUCAUCUGAACGCAUCAUUGUCCGGGUUUUUGCUUCCCUUUCUUCACAGGCCUCAAAUCCUGGCCAGUUUGAGAGCGACAGUGAAGUGCUUUGGCAACGUGGUCAACUUCCAGACACUGUUUUUCACCAUGGACGUAUUGGCAUCAACACAGAGCGGCCAGAUGAAGCUUUGGUGGUUCAUGGGAAUGUCAAGAUCAUGGGCUCACUUUUGCAUCCUUCUGACAUCAGAGCCAAGGAGGACAUUGAGGAGGUUGACACCACCGAGCAGUUGAAACGGAUCUCUCAGAUGCGCCUUGUUCAGUAUCAUUACAAGCCUGAGUUUGCCAGCACGGUAGGCCUGGACGACACCGCAGAAACAGGAGUCAUUGCUCAGGAAGUUCAGGAGAUUCUUCCCGACGCAGUAAAAGAGACUGGGGAUGUGGUGUGCUCCAACGGAGAAACUAUAGAGAAUUUCUUAGUUGUAAAUAAGGAAAGGAUAUUUAUGGAGAAUGUCGGGGCGGUGAAAGAGCUCUGCAAGCUGACAGACAACUUAGAGACUCGGAUCGAUGAACUGGAAAGGUGGAGUCGGAAGCUGGCCAAACUCAGGAGGCUCGACAGCAUGAAAAGCAGCAACAGUCACACUACUGGAAGUCAGUUCAGUCGUGCAGGGAGUAUCCCUUAUAAGCAACGUCCUUCCAAAGUCAUUGGCAAGACGACUCCAUCUCCAUCUGACCAGAGCUGUGUCAGUCAACGUUUCCUUCAAGCAACCAUCAUUGCUCUAGUAAUUAUCAUGGCUUUCAGUGUUAUCUCCAUGACGACUCUUUACGUGUUGAAUUUGCGCAGUGAAGAUGAUCUACUAGACAUGGAUGGGUCAAGUCAGAACUUUGAUACCACACAGUUGAGGAGCUCCACAACUCCUCCACUACAGACCACAGAGGGCACAGAUUGGUUGCAUAACCCAAAUCCUUCCAUUGUAAUAGACCUGUGCUUGAAUCCUCCAUGCAAUGCUUUCUGUUGCUCUACUCCUCAAAGCUCCUCCACUUCUCCGGCAGUUACAUUAGAGAAGACAGCUCCUCGUGUAGAAACUUCAAUAACAGACAACGCUUCAGCUACAACUGUCAGAAAAGCUAAAUCAAGAUUCCUGGACAAGAGUCGGAACCAUCUCCAAACACCGGCACGUCCUGUCAGUCCUCCACCUCAAUAUAGCCAGGGAAAAACCAAACACAGCCCCAACAGUCUACCAGGGCAGGACGUACGUAACAGGAGAAGCGUGAAGGAGGAAGAAACAAUAUCAACCACUGUUUCUGAUGUUACCUAUGGGAAUGGAUCUCGUGCUUCUGUUUCUUCCAUUCGGCUCCUAGAGACUGACACCCUGAUUACAGAUCAGUUAUGCGCCUCCCAAGACACCUGCAGUGCAGGGAAUUACACGUAUUUACUCCCACUGAAAAAGUACAGCUCUUUAACAGGCCCUAUUACCCUGGAGUUCAACUCCUCCACUCCUGUGUCGGUGAAUUUGUGCGAAACAACAGCCGGAAAAAACUGUGAGACGUCUGUAACCAGAAGUUCUUCCGAAUAUCAGAACUGCUCUAUGGUCUCAGGAGUCUGUGCCACCCCAGCCCCAUCAACAUAUCACUUGUGGUCUCUACAGCUGCUUCCCACCCAGGAUUUCUCAUUCCACCUGCGAGUGUCUCCUCUGGGUGCGUCAGGCUGUUAUGACAUUGCUGUGGAUUCUUCCGAAGUUACAGACUAUUAUUUCCAUUUUUACCGACUCUGCAAUUGAUACUCAUCGAUCAGCUGGAAAACCCCAAUUCCUCCCCCCCCCCUUUGAUCCAGACACAGUUUGUGUGUCCUCCCUUGCCCCCCCCCCAUCCUCUCCCCAGACUGCAGGCAGCCACGGGGUAAUCCCACCCGUCACUGGAUGUGCAACACUGGAUCCUAUUGGGACCAACUGGAAAUCAGAAGACAUUCACACUGGAGACACAGGGAAUUAUCCCCAAGCAAGAAACAUGGGAUUUCUCUCAUGGAUGAAGAUGGUGCAGAUUCUUCUCCAUCCUAACGAUUUUCUGUAUCUUUAAUGUUAUCAUUCUGUUACAACCCUUCCACCUUUUCUUGACCAUCCCAAUGCUGAAGCAGAGUUGCCGGGAUGGCGUCAUCAGUCCUGCAGUCCUCGGUGUCGGAGAAUUCUGAACUGUUAGAAGCCGCCACGGAGCCGAGGGCUGCAGAAGCCACUGCAAAGUUACUGAAUACUGGAACAGGUUUUGUGUUUUAUUGUAUUUUAUGUGAAGCUUUUUUUUUUUUUUUUUCCUCGUUUGUGUUUUUGUAUUUAAUUCCCUAACCACAGAAGUGCACUUAAUCUGAACAUGGCAUUUGAGGACCAAAAUCUUGCCCUUUAAAAAGGGGCAACCAAGAACGCCUGAGGGUGAGGCAGCACACCAAAGACUUUAUGAGCACCCAGCGUGUGUAUGCUCUCCAAAGAGAUGGAUCCGUGACUUUUAAAUAAAAAUAAAAAAAAGGACCUGGAAACUGGACACCCCCCUUAAACCCAAAAAGGAAAGAAAAAAAUAUGUUUUCUGCUCUUAAUAUUAAAAUCCUGUAAAUACUUUUUUUCCCCCCCUUACAAAAAUUAAGAAACUAAUCACAUGGUAGCAUUUUAACCCUUUCAUUACACAGCGACGUACCCACUGAAAGUACUGGAAGGGGUAAAAUGGGAUCUCUUUGCCUAUGAGCUCAAAGCAUUUUUAAUAAUAUUUUUUUUAAUGUCUGAUUUGUAUUUAUAUGUCUCUUCCUAUGACAGCACGGUUCUCCCCACUCCUCUGCCCUAUUCUAGGGGUCUAAAAAAAAAAAAAAAAUCUCCUGUCUACGUAUAAAUGCCACAAUAUAAAUAUAUGGAUAAUGCUUUGUACUCUGACUGGUGUUGUGUGACUGUAGAAAUUAGAGGCGGAUGCGUUUAUAUGUAAUAAUAAAGUGUUUUAUUGUAACUGGUGAGCGCGUCACCAUGAGAAGACAAAAUCUCCACUGCAGAAAUGACAGUGCAACGACUGGGCGGACGCCGCCACCCACGGCCAGUACUGGUCCCAAGACAUA